UUGACUUGAUACCCGAUCGCAUGUUAUGUACAAUUAGCAAUGACAUAUCCUCAUGUCUAUCUCUUAAAACACAUUUUCCAUCUCCAAUCUAUCCCUGCCUACUUGUUUCAGGCAACUGGAUCUCCUGUACCUGCACGAACAGCUCCUUUCACAUCCAGAUUCUCCUCUUCCUUCAGCUUCCGUUGUCUGAGCGCUUCCCUCUCGGCGGCCUCUCCAUCGGGCUCUGCAGGGCUCUGGCCAACACGAUCGCCUAGAAUUCGAUCAUGUUCUUCCCUCUUUCGCCCCAUGUCCGCAGCAAGAUCUCUUUCUUCUCCGAAUCCAGGGUUUCCAGGCCCUUGUGCACUGCCCACGGGACCGGCAUGCGCCCCAGCCUGUGCUCGCUGGCUUUUCUGUCUUACCGCCUGAGCAAUGUCUCCUUCUGCGGGUUGCUCCUCCACGCCAUAUUCCAAGUCAACAUCAGAGGCGGCUUGCAGAUUCUUCUGCUCCUCUUCGCGCCUCUGCUUGAGUCUUGCGAGUUCUUCGUCAUUGGAUGGGUUGGAGUCUGCGGUACGACGGGUAAUGGAGGAGACUGGAUCACCGCGCUGGCGCUGGUGAGGCUGAACUCGCUGCUCUUGGGGAGUCUGGGUGACGGGAUUCUCGGGUUGGUCGUAUGCGGCUUGCUUGGGGGUUGCGCUGGUUGUUCGGGUGAUUCCAUUUUGAUGAUGCUCGCGGAUGCAGCUAAGCGAUUCAAAACAAAGUGAUAGAAAAGGGCGAUACAACGAUUUCGUCUUCCUGUAAUUGCAC